AUGGCGAAUGAACAGGUGCUGCGGCUGCGGAGCGAGGGGGGUGACCCGGCGGACGUGGGGCUGAAGGAGGGCAACAACCACAGGGAAAUGAUUUCCUCUGCUACAGUUGCUAAAGUGAUUGACAGGUUUGAGGAUGAAGCCACGGAUGAGCUUUUGCCUGUUGGUAACAUCAGGAAAAGAGCUUCAGCCUCUCUCCUGGAAGCUGAUCAGAGGUACAGUGGCAAAGCCACGUCUCGGAGAGCUCUGCAGGAGGAGCUCUGGGGAGAUGCUCUGUCUGAAGAAGGAUCUGCUGCAGAAGCCCUGGAUGACUGGUACAGCGGCAGUGAAGGCUCAGAAGAGGAGGACACCAAGGGCAGGGAGGAGGCCAGCAGUGCUGGCAGUGAGCAGGAGGAUGGCUUGCAGCAUGAUGCAGAGGCCAAGGCACCACAGUUCAGCUCCCAGAGUAUCACAGACUUUGAGAAGUUCACAGAGGGCAUGGACGAUGCAGGCAGCAGUGAAGGGGAGGAUGAAGAUGAGGAUGAGGAUGAAGAUGACGGUGACAUGGAAGAAGGAAGUGAUGAGGAGGAGGGAUUUGGGAGUGAAAACCACGAUGAUGGAAAAGAAGCCAAAGGCACUGAAGAUGAUGGGGGAGUGCUGACCUUCUCCAGAGGACAGGAGUCUGAAGAGGUGGAGAAGGGCAGAGCUGUGAGGAACCAGCUAGCCCUGUGGGAUCAGCUGAUGGAAGGGAGGAUCAAGAUGCAGAAGGUGCUCCUGACAGCCAACAGGCUGCCCCAGCCAGACACCUACCCCAGGUUCAGGGAGGAGGGGGGACAGGACUUUGACCACGCUGUGGAGAACUGUUGUAAAGCCCUGGAGGCCUUGCUGAAGGUGCUGGUGGAACUUCAGGAUGAGCUGCUGUAUCAGUACCCAGGCACGAGGCAUCUGGUGGAUGGAAAGCAAGCAAAAACUGAGAGUGAGGAUGAAAUCCUGAGCAGCAGCGAUGAGGAGCCAGCAGAGAAGGCUCAGGAGAAGAGGAGGAGACUCCCCAAACGGAAGCUGAAGUUUGAGGAGUACCCUGAGUUCAUAGCCAAGCGCUACAGGGACUUCAGGAGCUACAGGAACAGCACCCUGCAGAAGUGGCACGAGAAGACCAAGCUGGCAACUGGCAAAAUGGGGAAGGGCUUUGGAGCCUUGGAGCGCUCGGUGCUGGCGCAGAUCGAGCACGUGCUGCUGGACAGGGAGCGGCUGCUGCGGCGCACCCAGACCCGCCGCUCGCUCUACACCGUGCUGGGCAAGCAGGAGCAGCAGCCCGCCCCCGCCCCUCAGCCUGGCCCUGGCAGCUCGGAAGUCCUCCCUCCCUCAGACUCCAACAGGCACCUGAAGGACAUUGAUGAGGAGAUAUUUGAUGAUGAUGACUUUUACCACCAGCUCCUGCGAGAGCUGAUCGAGCGGAAAACCACAGCCCUGGACCCCAACGACCAGGUGGCCAUGGGCAGGCAGUGGUUGGCCAUCCAGAAGUUACGGAGCAAAAUAAAGAAGAAAGUGGACAGAAAAGCCAGCAAAGGAAGGAGGAUCCGGUACCACGUCCACAGCAAGCUGGUGAGCUUCAUGGCACCUAUUGACCUGUGCACAAUGAAUGAUGAUGCCAGGACGGAGCUGUACCGGUCACUGUUUGGAAAGGUCACGAAGGAAGCAGAAGCAGAGCAGGAUUAGGAUUUGGGAUUGAGCUCCUGGGCUUCUCCAGCUGCUUCUGCUCUCAGCUGCUCCCCAGGGCUGCCCAGGAGCAGAGCCAGCUCUCUGGUUUGUCCCCAAAAUCCUCCCUGAAGGAGCCCCACACCCUGCUAAGAGUGAGCCUGAAGUGCCUCCUCCCAAAGACAAUCCAUUUUUAACAAUUCCCUUUAAAUUUAAAUUCCUGACCUUGAUUUUGCAGCCUGGGCACAGUGUGGGGGCAGGGACACAAUCCAGCUGUGUUAAAACCUUGGAGAUUUGGGGGCUGGGGGGUUCUGUGCCCUGUUCUGGUGCUUGGCUGCAUAUUGACUUCAUUUUUCACCAGUCAAGAGGAUUAAAAUGUCAUUUCCAUAAUUAACAUGGCCUUAAAACAGAGGAAAGGUGCUGCUGUGCAGGCAGCAGAGCUGCCAGGUCACAACCUGGGUGCUGAGCACACCCUGGCUGGCCCUGGCACGGGAUGUGCCAGGAAAUUGCUGCUCUGGGAGGAUCCUGGGGACCCCUCCAGCAUGGCUGUGACAUGCCAGCAGGAUGGCAGCACAGAGGUGACUCCUGGGGGUGUGUGGGGAGGUCCUGGCAGUGUCCCCAGGCACAGGAGGGUCCCGUGGGACCCCCGGCCUGCAGGGAGAUGAAAUUCUGCCAUCACAGCCUCAACCCCUGGGUCAGGCCUGGGCACCCAGAAAGAGCCAGCCUGAUUGCCACCAAGUUCUCCUAACAGCAAGUGAGAUCUUCCCCCCCCCAGUAGAAUAUUAAUUCUUUAUUAAUUCAUGAUACAGCUGCUAAUUAGUACCUGCACAAAUGGGCAUUACACCUCAGCAAACACCGAGGGGCUCUGGGACUGGGCUGUGCACAGGGAGGGACACGGGGCUGUGUUAAUCCUCUCCCCCCAGCCCCGCCACAGCAAAGAAUUUCAACUUUCAGACAAACAACUUCAUUUACAAGUGUGUCUCUAAUUAGCUGCAGAAUUAGUAAAGCAGAGUUUUCCCCCCAUAGAUCGGCCACAGCCCCGGGGGAGGCUCCGGGACGGAGAGAAUCGCAUUUCCAAUUAUUUUGUUGAAUUGCUAAUUUAGUUAUUGUGCCUGGCGUAAUUGUGAUGGGUAUUGGGUGUGCAAUUCAAUUUGUUUUAAAUAUUUGUGGGAAGGCUGAUCAGUAAUGGAGCUGACCUAUUUCAUGGCCCAAAUUGAGAGAAGAGACUAAAACAAAAAACAGCUACAAAGCCCCAGUUUGUCUCAGUUUUUAUUUUGAUGUCUCUCAUCCCUCUUAAGACUGUUGAUGCAACAAAAGGUUUACAUUAAAAGAUGAUGGCACUUUGAUCUUGGGCUUUGGAGAGCUUACAGCUUUGGUAUGUCUUUUCUUGGCAUUUUAAUGUGGAGAUAUUUUAGGCUAAAGAGUUUUAAAUGUGAUGCUGGAGUUCAGUAGGGUCUGUCCCCUCACCAUCCCCCAAAUUUUAACUGUCAUAAUUCUGGUUCGAGAAAUGCAGAAAAUCAUCUGAUGGGGCUGUGGUGGCUCACGUGGGCAAAUUUAAAUCUCACCUUUCAUGGGGACACCAACACCCAAGGGGUGUUUGUGGAUCAGCUCCCAGGGACAUCUUUAGCCCAAGUCCUGCUGGGCCCUUCCCUGCAGGCUCCUGAGGCUGGGAAAGGGCUCCAAGGUGAUCCAGUCCAGCCAUCCCUGCCCACAAACAGCCCUGGAAGAGGGUCCUGAAGUUCUCCCACCUCAGCAGCCAUCUCUGGGGUUUGGGGUUUUUUCCCUGCUUGUCCCAUUCACUGUGGUGUUGAAGAUGGGAAUGGGGGGUGGGCACCACCUGGGGGCAGGGGGCACCUGGGAUGGGGCAGGGCUGAGGGACGAGCUGGGACCUCGGGGGAGGGCUCAGCUGACCUGGAGGGUCCCUCAGAACCCUCUGUGCUGAACUCAAGCAAAGCUCAGCUUGAGGACAGGGUGACAGAUUGCACUCGCAGCACCAGAGCUGGAAUUCAUUCUUUUUAUUAAAAGAAAUUGAGGUAAGUGAAAUACUUCAGCACCAGCGAGAACCGUUCGUACCCAGGGGCUUCCCCCACCCGGUGCCCCCCACACCUGGGGCCACCACAGGUGCCCAGAGCCCCCAGGGCCAGUGCCAGACCCCGGUGUCACCCAGCAGGGUUGUUUGGAGCUGCUUUCCCCCAGGUGAGGUGAGGCCUGGGCCGGUGCUGUAACACUGAGAUGGGGGCUGCUCUGCACGAGGCUGGGGCUCAGUGGGCACAGGGACACCUCCCCCUGCAGGGGUCCUGGGAAAGGGACUCUGGUGACACCACGGGGGAGUCCUGGUGGCAGGGGAGGAGCCCCACGAGUCCUGCCUGGCUGACACAUUCUCUGUCUGUGUGUCCUGCUGCAGCCCACCCUGGCGUAAGCAAAAGCAUCUUUGGGGCUUGUUCAGGGGGC